AUGAGUGAUCUCGGGAGGUUGAGCUACUAUCUAGGGCUCGAAGUGUUGCAGCAUGAUGGUGGUAUAACACUGAACCAAAAGCGGUACGCCUUGAAAGUAUUAGAAGAAGUAGGCAUGAAGGAUUGCAAUCCCUUGCACAUAUCAAUGGACUCCGGACUGAAGCUUGAGAAAUCUGAGGGGGAAAAGGACAUUGACGCUACAGGGCGUUUUGAGUCGAUAUAUUCAGAACCCAAAGGAGUCACAUGGGAACGCAAUGAAACAAUGCUUAAGAAGCAAGAUACAGUGGCCCUCUCAUCGUGUGAAGCUGAAUUCAUGGUAGGAACUGAAGCAGUAAGACAAGCCAUGUGGCUUCAAGACUUACUGUACGAGGUCAUUGGCAUUUUGUUCGCGAAGACAGUUAUUAGGAUAGACAACCGAUCAGUGAUUGCCCUUAUGAAGAACCCGGUAUUUCAUGGUCACAGUCUCUUGGAGGCCGAGCACGUACCAGACACUGAACAGAAAGCAAACAUUCUAACAAAGGCUCUUGCAUGGAUAAAAUACAAGGAGAUGCGUGAACUGAUUGGUGUCCACGAUGUAGAUAAAAGAAACUUCAAGUUUAAGAAGGAGAUUGUUAAAGUAAGCUUGAGUGAGAAGUUAUUAUAA